GUCGCUCCGCAGGCACAUCCUGGCUGCUGCAGUGGCUGGCCUGCGUUUCAUCGCUGCCAGCUUUCCAACAAGACGCCAGCAACCAGCCAGAUUUCCUCUUCCCGCAUGCAGACAUGCAGUGCCACACCUUGCCAUACAUUGCGCCUGCAAGCUACGCACGCACGCUCCUGUGCAUCCGUUGGGCUUCCCAAUCCGCAGACAUCUGCGGGCCAGCCGCGCUCACCCCUGGUGAAGCCUUCGCCCUCACACUGCACAGCAUGAAAAGCACCGCCUUGGCAAGCGCCGCUCAGCUGGACCUUCGCAGAGACGAACGCUUAGCACAAGGUUGGCGGCCUCAGAGGUCCAUGUCCAGAGGAGGCGCGCCGCCCAUUCCCGAGCCUCCGGUGUCCAUCCCCGCCGCGUUGCCCUCAGAGCACCUCUCGGCAGGCGACAUCGUCUCAGGCCCGUGGUCGGUUUUCGCAUCCCGGCAUGAGCGCAUGCAAGCAUCGCACAACACCGAACAUGCGGCAGACGAGGCUUCCCAGGCGCCCGACUCUCCUGCCGCUUCACCAGACUCCCCAGUGCACAUGCAGCUGCAGGCUUUCUCAGAUGACGAAGAAGCCAGGCAAGUGGAGGAAUGGGCACAGCAGCAUGCAUCCUCCGACUCGGCCUCCGAAGCUCCAGAAGAGCAACCUCAUGUCGAGCAGCUCUUCGUGUGUUCGGGGCCAUGGGGCAGCAUGCAUAGCCCCACCCCCGAAAGCCUUGCCGCACACAACGCCUCCGCGCCAGAGCAAGGCAAGCAGGCAGUCAGUCUCCUUAAGGCCUCGUGCGGCGCCAAGGCUGCCUUCAAGCAAGGGCUCAGACCCAGCGAGCAGCAUGACGUCAAAAACAGGGUUCGCUUCGCGGACACGUUCUGCAACAUGGAUGCGCCUUCAGACCUCGACACUAGGGAAGGCCUCAUCUCCCUGAUGCAAACUCUACAGGUGCCAGUGCCGCUGCAAGACGCAUUAAUCAACUCAGGCAUUGCAUGCGUCGCAGAUUUUGCAUACGCGUACUCAGACGCGUCAGACCUCAAUUCCUUCGUCGCCAAACAGCCUGACGCCCUGUGGGAGGGCAUGCAAAUUUCAGACCCAGAGCACUCGCCAGCAGUCGCACGCCUUCGCAGAACACUAGACAGGUGCAAGGCUCACUCCAGCACGCUGGAGGCCAGCCCGGCCCCCGCACCAGCACCCCCGCAAGCAAGCACGCCUGCUGCAAGCAACGUGUGGGCAGAGCACGCGCCGCCCCGCUUGGACUCAGAGGCAGUCCAACGCACGCAAGCAAGCUUCCGGGCAAACUACCCGGGCGAGCACUUGGACGCGGACGGCAUGCCCAGCAUCCGCUUGCUCAGCCUGGUCACAGCACUCGCAGAGGCAAUGCGCAACCUGCAGCUCAAGCAUGGGAACAAGACGCUCUGCAUCCGUUUCAACAAGACAGAGCGCAAUGAUCGCAAUUGCAAGUUUGCGCAUCUCUGCGCCAUCCGCCUUGCCAACGGGCAGGCCUGCGGGCAACGGCACCCCGCAAGCCAGCAUCGCUUCAAGUCGCAAGCAGACAAGUCAAGCGCCGCAGAGCCCCCGCCAGCAGUGCCUGCGACCUGA